CAAGUCAUUACUCAUACAUACAUGACACAUCCAUGAUCCAUCCUCUCAUUAUUAUAAGUAAUCUUUGCUUUCCUUUCGUCCCUCCUAACAGCUGAAACCAAAUUGCUUCCCUCUUCUCUUACCUUUUUGUCUCCAAUGGAGUUUGUCACUUUCUUUCUUCUUCUUCCUCUUCUCUAUUCCUCCUACUUGAUAUGGAAAUGGGUUGACGCGAGAAGAGACAAAGACUGCUAUAUUUUAGACUACCAAUGUCACAAGCCAACCGACGACCGGAAGGUCGGAACGGAGUUCAGCGCCGAGGUUUUAUUGAGAAACAAGAGCCUCGGACUCAACGAGUACAAGUUUCUUCUCAAAGCCAUUGUAAGUGCCGGCCUUGGGGAACAAACCUACGCGCCGAGAAUUAUGUUUUCUGGGCGGGAAGAGUGUCCGUUAUUGGCCGAUAGCAUAUCAGAGAUGGAGGAGUUCUUCGUCGACAGCGUCGAGAAGCUUCUAUCCCGGUCCGGUUUUUCCCCUCAGGAAAUCGACCUCCUCGUCGUGAAUGUUUCGAUGCUUGCCAUCCUUCCGUCUCUGGCUUCUCGGAUUAUAAAUCGAUACAAAAUGAGGAGUGAUAUUAAGGUUUAUAAUCUCACCGGAAUGGGUUGCAGCGCCAGUCUGAUUUCGCUUGAUAUUGUGCGAAGCGUUUUUAAAUCGCAACGCAAUGUGAAUGCACUGUUGGUAACAUCGGAGUGUCUGAGUCCGAAUUGGUACGCCGGAAACAACAGAUCGAUGAUCCUUGCCAACUGUUUGUUUCGCUCCGGUGGCUGCGCCAUCCUCCUGACGAACAACCGGGCAUUGAAGCACCGGGCCAUGUUCAAAUUGAAGUGUCUGGUGCGAACCCACCACGGCGCUAGAGACGAGUCAUAUGGAUGCUGUGUCCAGAAGGAAGACGAACAGGGGAAGCAGGGUUUCUAUUUGGGGAAAGACCUUCCCAAGGCGGCAACCCGGUCCCUCGUCGACAACCUCCGCCGCAUUUCCCCCAGAAUCUUACCGGUUCGCGAACUCCUUCGUUUCGCCAUCGUUACCUUCGCCCGGAAAAUGAACCACCGUCAUGGCUCCACCACCAAAGUAGCUCCCACCACCAAAUCUAUGAUUAACUUCAAAACAGGGGUGGAUCAUUUCUGCAUCCACACUGGCGGGAAAGCAGUGAUCGACGGCAUCGGAAUAAGCCUUGAUCUGACUGAAUACGAUCUUGAACCAGCGAGGAUGACACUCCACCGAUUCGGGAACACAUCGGCGAGUAGCCUCUGGUACGUCCUGGCCUACAUGGAGGCCAAAAAACGGCUAAACAAGGGAGAAAGGAUUUUAAUGAUAAGCUUCGGAGCGGGAUUCAAGUGCAACAGCUGCUUGUGGGAGGUGAUGAGAGAUUUAACGGCGGCCGGCGACGGGAAUGUGUGGAACGAUUGCAUUGAUAGCUACCCACCUAACUCCUUGGCGAAUCCGUACUUGGAGAAAUAUGGGUGGAUCCAAAAUGAAGAUGAAAGCACCUUCAAAGUUCCAGAGGAGUACGUAAAAUAGAAGGUAAGAUAAACUAAGGGGGGAAAAAGACAGAUUAAUUAAAGUUUGAAUACAUUCUUCCAUUGUAUUUGUGGUUUAAUGAUUAUUAGUUACUUGUUUAGACUCAGAAUAAGUUUGUUAUUAUUGUUAAAUCCCUGUGUGGGUUCAUAUUACAGCCAUACGGGUGAAAGUUUUUUCACCCUAGAUAAUAUUAAAAUUUUCCUCUUUAGACAAUUAAAAAAAGAAUUUCCUC